GAUAUUUCUAUUAUUACUACUGCAACUGCUAUCACAACUGUAUUCCUACCCCUCAACCCCAUUCUUAUUUCUACAUCUCCCUUGAAUUCCCUUUGGAAACCAUCUACACAACCCAGCAGCCAAAAUGCCUCGCCAAUUCUUCGUCGGAGGAAACUUCAAGAUGAACGGAGUCACCUCCACCAUCAAGUCCAUCGUCUCCAACCUCAAUAACUCAAAGCGCGACCCCAACACCGAAGUCGUCGUUGCGCCGCCGGCCCUGUACCUUGCGCUUGUCCGCGAACUUGCCGAUCCCUCGGUUGGUGUUGCGGCGCAAAACGUCUACGACAAGCCCAAUGGUGCUUUCACCGGCGAGUUGAGCGUUGAGCAGCUCAAGGAUGCUAAGAUUGAUUGGGCUAUUGUUGGACAUAGUGAGCGAAGGGUGUUGCUGCGUGAGGACGAUGACUUCGUCGCCCGCAAGACCAAGGCUGCCAUCGAUGGUGGCUUGAGCGUCAUUCUCUGCAUCGGCGAGAGUCUCGAGGAGCGUGAAGCGACCAAGACCAUCGAGGUCGUCACAAGACAACUCAAUGCCGUCGCGAAGCUUGUGAGCGAGGAACAAUGGUCCAAGAUUGUCAUUGCUUAUGAGCCUAUCUGGGCUAUUGGCACCGGCAAGGUCGCUACUACCACUCAAGCACAGGAAGUUCACGCUGCCAUCCGCAAAUGGCUCGGCGAGACCAUCUCCGCCAAGGUCGCCGAUGAGACACGCAUCCUGUAUGGAGGCAGUGUCAGCGAUGGGAACUGCAAGGAUCUGGCUAAGGAGAAGGAUAUUGACGGGUUCCUUGUUGGAGGUGCUAGCUUGAAACCAGCCUUCGUCGAUAUCAUCAAUGCCCGCCUAUAAACAAAAGUUUGAGGUAGAUAGGAUGGUUACGUCUAGAACUCAUUAGGGGGACCGUUUCGGGGGUUCACAAAAGUAAAUACGAUGUAAAAACGAUAGAUGAGACUAAUGAUGGGUAGAUAAUCAGAAAAUUAUUAAAAAAAAAAGGGAAAAUAAUCAUGUGCAAAAU